AAUGCAUGCCUAAGAAGUGUUGAUGGAGGAGAAAAAGCCUUAAUCCUGUAUUCGCAUUAGGAAGAGCCUAAGAAUUAUCUGUUUCUUAGGAAUCUUAUUGGUAGAGAACCAAGUGAAAAGCAAGUCUUUAGUAUGCUGCUGGAAUUAUUAAUAAAGCCAAUUAAUAUUAUAAAAUAUUCAAAUUGGAAUCGGAAAAAAAUUUAAUAGUACGUAAAUGUUUAAAGAUUAGUUUGGUGUUUAAAUGAUAGUUUAAUAAUUCCUAGAUAUCAUGUACCUGAAACUUUAGGAUAAAAAAAUUAGUAUUUAUAAUUAUGAUAUAAUAGUAAUUUAAUAGGUAUUAUAUUAUUAUUGAUUUUGGAAACAACAAAAUUACUUCUAGUAUAUCAUAAUGCAAUCAAAAUCAUGUCUUUUAGUACUCAUAGUGAUAUUAGAGGAAUGAUAUAGUUGGAUCAUCUUUAAUAAUACAUUAUUGCUUUUGUUCAUUGUGAAUAUCAUAGAAUGAAAAAUCUUGUAACAAAAAUCUUUGAAAAAAAUCUAAAUUAGAGUUGAUUGUCCUACUAAAUUUGUAUAAUUGGAGUAUGAGAAAUCUUAUCAGUUGAUCGACCUUUAAACAAUAAAGGGAGAAUUCAAUAAGU